AUGCUUCUGCCUGUGGUCCUUACAUCUGCCCUGCUCUUCUUCUCUGUGGCUGGUAAGGUGUGCUUGACCAGGCAAGGAAUUUUAUAUACCAAUCACCUCAUCAACACACUGAAGGAACAUCCUCCAAAAUGCAGCUGCAGCACCAAUGUGACUGAUUGUUUAUGUCUUCCCAUCCCUACUGAUAACUGUACCACACCAUGCUUCCAGGAGGGUCUUUCACAGAUGAUUAAUGCAACGGAAACAAGUUUCCACUCGGCUUUAUAUAAGUUGAGAAAAAUAAUUGGAGUGCUAAAGAGCAACAAAUGUCAAUUUUUUUCCUGUGAACAGCCAUGCAACCAAACCACAACUGGCAACAUACCAACUUUUCUGAAGAGUCUCCUGGAAGUUUUCCAGAAAGAAACAAUGAAGGGCACAAUAUGA